UCUGCCUCUUUACAUAGUGAGGACUCCAUGAUGUUCAGAUAGGAGCGCAUGGUGUUCAGCUGAUCCUUCACACUGGACUUAAACCGGGAAACUGUGUCCUGGAAGGUCCAGCACUCUUGACCAUGACAGAACGUUUUAUUGUUUUAUGGUUAGACAUGUUUACAUCGGGCCAAGAUCAAGAAGGAACAUCCAGAAUAAUCAAUCAGGUGAUCAUUGGCGCAUAUUUGUAAGUCUCUGUACAAACAAAUAUCCACACGAUUUCCUUGUCUCCGAAGAAGAAAGUAACUUUCCAGAAUAACUGCAGAUCCCUCCCGAGCAGAUGUGAUCAUAAACAUUUCUAUGUAGAAGAACCAGGAAGUGAAGCUGGAAGCCUCAGGAGGGGCCACUCAGGGGAGUAAAGUUCUCCUACAUUGUCCUGCAGGUCCGGGGGGUAUGAGCUGCUGUGUAUCUACGGCUCCUCCGACCUACUGGGACAGAAAGGACCGAUCAAACCAACUAUUAAUGAGAGAACGGAAGAACUAAUAGAGGAAACAAGAGGAGCAAAGUAACAGGAAAUUGAGCAAAAAAAAGUCUUUCUUUCAGUUUCCAUUUCAUUGUCAGCGCGUAUAUACAGCGGGGAGGACGACAAAACCUGAAGCGAUCACCUAGGAGGAGAUGGGGAAGACGGUGCGAGGCGUCCUGGUCCAAUCUCUCUCUAACUUGGAAAAAAAGUCUUUAAAGAAAUUUAGAAGGAAUUUAAACGAAUUUAAGAUUAAGAAGGAAUAUAACAGGAUCCCCAAAGGUGAGCUGGAGGAGGCUGACCCCGAUGACAUCACUGACCUCAUCAGAAGAUACUACAAGGAUGACUAUGGGGUCAAGGUGACCCUGGCUGUUCUAGAAGCCAUAGAUGAGCUGGAGGAGGCAGAGACCCUCAGGAGAGACUUACAGGAAGUGGUUGGCUGGGCACCUCAGGAGGCAACCAAUGGGGCAGAUGAAGGAGCGCCAUCUAGAGAAGGGACUGAGGAAGCGGCUCAGGGGACGACAUCUGGAGAUGAGCAGCAUUUUGUGGACAAAUAUCGCACUGAGCUGAUAGAACGGGUGGUUCUGGUGUCUCCGAUCCUAGAUGAUCUCUAUUCACUGCUAAAAGGUGAACCGUAUAACACAGUGCGCAGCAUGAAGACCUCUCACGAGCAGAUGCGAGCGCUCUUAAGUCACGUUGAAUCCUGGGGUAAAGAAGACAAGGAUAAGUUUCGGCAAUCUCUAUUCAAACAUAACGCUCCUCUCGUCAGGGAUCUGGAAAGAAAAUAAAGCCUGAUGGGAACUCCUAGAAUCGGUGUCUUGUAUCUGAAGCAAGAUGGAAUGGGUUGC